AUGUUGGCAUGUUGUAUGUGUAGCGGGCAAUCAGCAUACACACUGCGGAGGCUUCGAACACAGUCGUGCAUUACGUUUGAUUUUCUUGUUCUAAAUGUAGCUUUGAUGCCCGUGCUGAAGCGCUGCGCCGAAGGUGCGUUGGUGGGAGCGUUCCGGUCCGCCGCUGCCGGUAAGGGUCGCCUUCCACUGCGCCGAGCUCUAUCUGAGCUUGCCCGGCUCUUUUACGGCGACUCGGACAGCACCGCGAAGCAGAGCGCCGAGUUUAUGAACGAAUUUUAUUUGCGCGGCGUCGAUGUGCGCUGCGGGCUUCGCAGCCACGCACUGAUGGUCGGAGGCCCUAAGAACAUCCGCGGCAACCCUCGAGGCGGCCUGGACGCACGUCUUUUCUACCCUAGCAUCACAUGUGAGCAGUUCAUUAUGAUCGGUCGAGCCAUGGAGUGCGUGCUUCUCGAACGUCAGGUACCGCAUCUGGCCGGCGGCCGUUUGCGCGCCGAGCGUACGACAAACGAGGUGGCGGAUGUGGAACGCAAGCAACGGCAGAAGCUGCUCUCUGAAGUGACUAGUACUUUGUCUAAAGAUUAA